AAGAAGAAGAAGAAGAAGAGGAAGAGGAAGAAGAAGAAGAAACGUGGCUGCUUACUUGAUGAAAGCAUGCAGUCUAUGGCUGCUUAUGGUCUUCUUCAGUUUUAUUCGCUCGGCCAGCACGCGGUUCGGUUUCCACGUUCACUCGUACACCGUAAACCGGUGGUUUAAGAGCGUCAGCAUGUGUAAAGAGCUGAAGACGAGAGGCGUGCGGCUAACGUUACCAGCGCAGAGCUCCGUUGAUCUGAGCUCACAACAGCAGCAGGAGUGGACGGAGAUCCUGAGGGCCACAGUCACGGCUCUGAAGGACGGGCAGGUCGUGGCCGUCCCCACUGACACCAUCUACGGUCUGGCCUGUGUGGCCCAGGACUCAGCGGCCGUCAGGAGAGUUUAUGAUAUCAAAGGAAGGAAUGGAGACAAACCUCUAGCCAUCUGUGUCGGAGAAAUACAGGACAUCUACAGGUUCUGUUCGGUGUCUGUGAAGGAGGAGCUGCUCAGAGAUCUGCUGCCUGGACCUGUUACACUCGUUCUGGAACGAUCCUCCACACUGAACGGAGACCUCAAUCCCUUUACCAAGCUCAUAGGGGUUCGUAUUCCAGACCAUCCGUUCAUGAGGCGUCUCUGUCAGAUGUGCGGCGAGCCUCUUGCUCUCACCAGUGCUAACGUCAGCACACAAGCCAGUACAGUAGCUGCUAGCGAGUUUGAGGAUCUGUGGCCCAGUCUGGCUAUUGUGGUGGAUGGUGGUCCGAUUGGAGAUAAAAGCCGUUUGGGUUCAACAGUUGUGGAUCUGUCUGUGUGUGGCAGAUACCGUAUAAUCAGACCGGGAUGUGCUCUCUCUGCUACAGUUCAGGUACUUGAGGGCAAAUAUGGACUUCUGGAGGAUCCUGUCAAUCAGUGACUCGAGCACAGCACAAACCCGCUGUAGGUCAAAGUCAGCCCAGAGAACUGUGUGCCAUUCUCAGUAAUGGCUCUUGAGGCUCUGAUUUUUCAAUGGGGUUUUCUUCCCUCUCUUCUUUUCAGAGAAUUGAGUUUGGUGGAUCUUCUGAAAUGAUCAUCACACUCCACAAACUCAAUUUCUCAGGUUCUCAUGCUAAAGACGCACAUUUUUCUUCUCAGUCCCAGUCGGCCGUUUGGUUCCUGAAGACUCAUUUGUGGAGUGGUUCUUCUGUUGCAGUGACCUCUACACCACUGAAGCGCAUUUGGGGAUACACUUAUGUUGGGAAUAUUAUUUUGGGGAUUUGAUUUGAUUGGUUUGUUAUAGUACAUUAAUAGUUUAUAUUCAAGGAUUUUGUUAAUUUGGAUUUUAUUUAUUGCAGUUUUAAAUGUCAAUUUUUCAGGGAAUCACCUUCUCUCUGACAGAGAAUCAUUUGUCUUUUUAUCAAAUAAAAAAACUAAAUCUGAUGUCGAUCACUUUUAAUAUUGUACUGUGUAAGUUCAAUAAUACUUAAUACAAGUACUGUUUUGCAGUGUGGACCAAAGCAGAUUAAAUCUUUAUGCAGUAGUCCCACUUAUUUGGUAUUUAUAAUUACAACUUUAUGAUCCCUUUGGCAUUUUUUUGUUUUGUAAAAUUAGUAAUUGUUAUUCAUUUGUGGUUGUUUCAGUUGCCUUAAUGUCUUGCUCAAUGGUUUUAAGAGGAUUUAGUCAUGUUUCUGUUUUUUUGAGAUGUGGACAGUGGGGUUUUUGAAUUCAAAUAUCUAAUUUUUUUAUAACUCAUAAAAAAUAAAUAUAUACACACAG